GUAACUCUAUAUUUUAAAGGACAUUCCGGGUAUUAAUAAAACAAUACCGAUUUUAAUAUAAUCCGUUUUUGAUCCGUAUAAUUUCGCAAGUAAAAAUUAUAUGCUAAUCGCAAUUUAAUCCUCCAUUCCACCCCGUAUAGGGCCAAAAAAAAGGGUUGUUUGUAUCGAAUCCAACUCCUAGGCAACGUUUCGAUCAAACCAAAACCAACACAAACAAAUUAGAACAACUCGUGUCAUUAACCUCGUAAACAUUUUCGCCAGCAGGACCAAAAACCGAAAGCAAAAAUGGACUGGAAAUACAUAUUAUCCUUGAAUCCAGACGAUCUAAACGACGACGAAAAGGACGAAUUGUACAGUACUAUAACGUGGUUCGAUUGCGACAACGCCAAUUUGGACAACGACAAAUACAAAGCAUUUAUAAGGGCGUGCCAAGAGAUCCUAAAGUACAAAGGCGAGCAAGUGGAAACGCUGCUACACGAAUUGGAGGAGAUGGCCGUCAAACAAGCCGAGGAAGAGGCCAAGCGGCAAGAGUCCGAAGCCGAUUUGAGGAGCUCCAAAUCCAGGAAAUCCAGCUCGAUCGAAUACGAAAAUUUGGAACAGAAAUACGCCGAAACGAAAGCGAAAUUGAAAAAGAUCAACAAAAUCAACGAGAAACAAGUCACCGAAAUCGACAAGUUAAACAACAAAGUCAAGCUGUUGGAGCAGGAGAACAAGCGGCUCAGAAACGAGCUGCAAUCGAGACCUCAGGACGGCAUCGAUACCGAAUCGGACACAUCGGAAACGAUCAAAGACAAACAGAAGGAGUUGGCGGAGACUUUGCACAACAAAAACAGGCAAAUAUCGAGUUUACUGCGCGACAUAGAAGACGUAGAAAAAGAAAACGCCAUCUUGAGAGACAACGUGGUGAAAUUGAAGGAAGAAUUAUCAGUAGCCACUCGAGAAAUCGAAUCCACAACGGAACUAUUGAAAAACAAACAAUCAACAAUCACUCGAAACGAAGAAACCAUCGAACAACUAACCGAGCAACUUGAAUCCACCAAAACCGAACUAGAAUCGAUACGAAACGAACGAACCAUCGACCAACAACAAUCGAAUCAAACAAUAACCGACCUAACCAACAAACUCGCCCAAUUACAACAAGAGUUAAACACGAAGCAAGAACAACUCCUCGAGCAAGCGACCGCUUCGCACGAACCAUCGGUUUCCACCCAACCGAAGGAGCCGAAGGACCAGCCGGACGCCGCCCGAACGGGCGACAAGGUCCACUCUCGCCUGGCGGCCCUGCAGAUGGCCUUGAACGACAGGGACGGGCAGCUCGCCGAGGUGCGGGGCCAGCUGCGGCUGGCCGCCGGCGACAUGGACGAGGCCGCCGAGAUGAUGGCGGAGCUGAAGGCGCUGAGGCGGCGCGACGAGGAGAGGGCGCGCGAGCUCGACGAGGAGGCGGCCGAGUCGAGGAGGCAGGCGAGCCGCUCGCACGAACGGUGCAGGAAACUGCAAGACGAUUUGGCGUUCGUCGAGGACAGCCUGAGGAUUAAAAACGAUGAGUUAAAAGAGAUUUUAAACAAGAUGCGCGAUAACGGACAAACCGACUUGGCCGUCAACUUGAACAAAAUAGACGAAUUGAAAACCGAUAAUAGACUGAAAGAGAAGCGUAUAAUCGAUUUGGUCAAGACCGCCAACAAGUUACAAGACCAAUGCGAUCUACUGGCAAAAGAAAACUUUUCUCUAAGGGCGAGUUUAGGAAUAUCCGAAGAGGAAUCGGUAGACACGUCAACGUACAACGCGAAAUAUAAACGUCUAAAAAAAGAAAUAGAACAUUUAAAACACAAGCUAUCUAACAAAGAAGAAACGAUAUUGCAAUUAAAAACCGACAUCCACAAUCGGCGCAAAGACGAACACACCGACACCGCCCGGAAUCUAAUCGAAGAAAACGAGGCGCUAAGACUGGGCCUACACGAAAUCAUGGAAACCAUCCAGAACAAACGCACGCGACUCGACAUCAAAUCGGAAACGCUGGAAAAACUGCUGAGAACCUUAGACGUCAAACACGCGGCGGGCUGGUAUCACCCAGCGAUGAGGCUGCAAGCGGAGCUGCAUAACCUGGAAGGCGUCAACGCCGAACUGAGGCAACAACUCCGAGAAGCCAGGCGACAAUCGCCCGAAAUCCCCGAAACCGAGUCCAUCCCACAAAUCGAAGAAACCCUAUCGGAAAACGUCGAAGAUUCCGUCGAUAAACUGCUCGAUCGUACCGCAAACAUCGACUUUAUCCGUCGGCAAGUCGCUUUGUGGUUGCGACGAGCGAAAGACGAAUCGGCGGCGCUGCGCGAGGAGUCGCAAUCGCUGCGGCGCGAGCACGAAUCGGUGCUGGAGAAGCUGAAGAUACUGAUGGGCGAGACGGACGAGGAGAAAAUCCGGAAAAUCAACGAGGUGAUCGCGACGAACGCGCGCCUCAACAGGCAAGUGGUGCAUUUGGAGAACGAGAGAAACGCCGCUUCGACCAAAAUCGACGAAUUGCAGAUCGACGCGAACGAAUCGAAGCGAAAGUACGAGAAGAACCUGAUGGAGUUGCGCUCGUCCAACGAAAAUUUAACCACUAAACUACAAAUUGUUACCAACACAAACUCCACGAUGGUCGCUUACGAAGUUCACAAACGACUCGAGGAGGAUCUAAACGAAUUGACUGCGAAGCACAGGAAUUUAUUAGCCAGCGUUCGAUUAGACGACGAUAAUAAAAACCACCAAAUCGACGCACUUACCACGACAUUAAACUGCUUAGAAACCGAUAAAAACGAAUUAAUAAAGCAACUGGUCGCUCUCAAAACCGAACACAUCGCCUCCUCCAACCGAUCCGUCGACGAAUCGCUGGAGAAACUAGCCGGGGAAUUGUCGCGAAGGGAAAUUGGCGAGCAAACGCAACGCCAGCGCGCCGAUCACGUCACCAACCUCUACGAAUUGGUCAAAGACCAGCUGGACAAGGCCGAGGAACGGUUCAAAGAAAUCAACAAAUUCAACGAAGAACUCGUGAAGAAGAACCUCGACCUGCAGGAGCAGCUCAAAAGCAACGAAGAGAAAUUGUGCGACUACAUACAAACCACCAUAUACAAUCGACUCGUCGACACCAACAACGCUCUACUUACAACGCAACGAGAACACAUCGAAAAAAUCGACGAAUUGUCGAGGGAAUUGGACGAGGAAAAGCGCCGGAAGGGCAUCGAGAAAACGUGGAACGACGACAAAGAGCAGGAGCUGUUCAAUCUGAGGCACCGCAUGGUGGAUUUGAUCGCCACGUCGGACGAUAAGGUGGUGAUUGCGCAGCUGAGCGCCGACGUGCUGCGAAACAGGCGCCUGGCCGAGUUCUACAAGAGCAAUUUGGCCGCUCUGGAUCGCGAUUUGGAGGCGGAGGCGAGCGCUAGGCGCGCCGAUCGCGGCCGAUUCGACGAGGCGAGGCGAGCCUUCGACGAACGGGAGGCGGCGUUGACGAAGAAAAUCGACGAUUUGUCGACGUUGCUGGGUCGACAGAGCCUCAGGUUCUACGGUUGCGCGCCGUUGGCGAGCGAGGAAACGCGCGUCGGUAACGUUCUGAUGGUGUACAGGCAAAAGUACGAAACUUUCCGAGCCUUGCAGAAGGCCAAAGAGCUGGAAAACGAGGCUCGCUUGGCCAAGGAAACGCUGGAUUUGGAAUUGGAAUGGACGGAGAGGCGGAAAGGCGCCCAAUCGGACGAUCACAAGGACGAUUACAGGAACACCUCCAAUUGGAUGCAAGAGAAGAAAAAUUACCAGAUAAGCGAGUUGCGGCUGAAGCGCCAGAUGGAGUUCAAGGAGUUGCAGCUGCAACACUACGUGGAGCGCGUGCGCGUCCAGGACGAGCAGCUGCAGAAGCUCGACCAGGAGCUGUUGCGCGCCUACGAAGCCGACGAGGCGCGGCCGGCGCGAGACGUCGCGACGCCGACGCCGACGCCGCGUCGUCCGCUGCAGCGGUCGGUGUCGGUGCAGGCGCAGAUCGAGUCUUCGAACGCUGUGAAAUUGACCAAGGAGCUGAUGGAUUUGAACGAGGAGCUGUCGCAGAGGGACAGGGAAAUCGAGGGAUUGAAGCGUAAAAUUGGGGAAUUCGAGGCGACGGUGGGGGCUUUUAGGAAGCAGAUUGCCGACAAACAGAGCCAGAUCGGUUUCUACGAGCGGCACAUCGUCGAAUUGCAGAAUAAAAAGGACCCGGUGCAACAGAACCAGCACCAAAACGACGGCGCCGGUGGCGAUAACGUUGGAGUCACUAACGCUAGCGAAGAGGUGUUGGUGUUGAAGACCACGCUCAAAACUCUACAAGACACCGUCCGAACCAAAGACGAAGAAAUCAUCAAAUACCAAACGCUACUAAAAACCGACAGGGACAAGCACAGCCUGGCCGCCGCUUCGCUACAAGACGAACUCCAGAACCUCCAAAGGCAGCUAACCGACGAAAAACAACGCGUCAAAAGCUCGGAGGCGGCGAGGCCGAGCCGGGCGGCGGUCGAGCAGUACGUGGGCCAGGUGCACGCGCUCGAACGGCACGCCGCCGAGCUGCACACGAAGCUGACGGCCGUCGAGGCGCAGCUGCGGUCGAGCAGAGAGGAGACCGGGCGAUGGCGGGCGAUGGCCAACGAUCGAUUGGCCGCCAUGGAGGAGCUGAGGAAGAAUUUGGACGAGCAACACCAGUUGGAGAUGGACGUGUUUAAAUCGGACGUGGAGAAGUUGAAGGAAAUCGGUAACGAUGAGGUGAAUAGUUUGAGGCAGAUGGUGUUGAGGCAGAAGGGCGAGUUGACUGGUCGAUUGGAUUCGGAUAUACAGCGGUUGAUUAGAGAAAAGGAUGCGAAAAUACACGAGAUGAUCGUGAAAUGUCGGCAAAUUAAGUCUGUUAAGAAACCGGAGCCUCGAGAUUUGGAAUUGGCGACGAAACACGCCGAUUCCGACGAAGUCAAACAGACGUUGCUCAGGGAAAACGAAACGUUGCGAAGGAAAUUCGAGCAGGCGAUGAAUAAAGAGAAGACCCAAAGGGAGGAGAUCAACAACUUGAAGUUCCAGCUCAUGAAGAAACCCAUUAGCGCCCGAAGCGACAGAUCGGAGAAAUCUUUGAAGGAGCAAUUGCAGAAGAAAAUCGCCAAUUUGGAGAAGGAAAACGGCGAUUUGAGGCGACUAAUCGAAGAACGGACGGUGAUUAACGAAACCCAUCGGAUCCAAGCCGGCGAGGACUUCAACAAAUGGAAGAAAAUGAAGAACCUGCAACAAACCGUCGACAAAAUGAAGAACAAACUCAAAUUGAAGGACAACGAAUUCGAGAAGCUCCAACAAACCGCCGCCGCGUACAAAUUGGUAACGGAGAGAUUGGAGCGCGAGAAGCGCAACUUGGAGAACAGAGUGAAGAAUUUGAAAUCGUCCGAUGCGGACGCCGCCGAAACGGAAAUACUCAAAAUGGAGAACCGACGUCUGUCGGACGAUAUCGAAGAGUUGAAGGGCAAGAUGGAGGCGCAACGACGCCACGCCGGCGCCUUGGGGGCCUCCAUGUUGCAGGAGAAAUUGGAGGCCCAAGAAAGGAAAAUCGCCGUAUUGGAAUUGGCGACAAAGGGUCCUUCGGAGUUGCGCGGCGAAUUGGAGCGUUUGCACGCGAGCAAUUCGCAUUUGCAAAAGGCCAACGUGCGGCUGGAGGCGGAGAAUUUGGACCUGAAAUUGGACCUGGAGAAGUGCGACAAGGAGGUGCCGUCGCUCAGGCGGCAAAUCCAGCAUUUGGAGAAGUACGUGGAGGCGUUGAAGGCCGAAAAGGAGGAAAACGUCGAGCGGUACAACGAUGGAAGGGAGGGGAAGAAAUCGUCGGAAUUGGAGAGGACUGUAUUCGUGUUGAAGAGGGUCGUGGAGAAAUUGCAAAUUGAAAAUAAGCGGUUGGUUAACGGGAAGAGACCGUUAAUCGAUAAAUCGCCCGCGAUGGAGAAGCUGAAGCGCGACUACCUGCGAUUGAAAGAGCAGCAUGCGCAGUGCUCGAAGAAAACGUCCCGUCUCGAAAUGAGGGACGCGGAAUCGAAGAAGUCUUCGAAUAGAGAGGAGGAGCUGUCGAAGGAGCUGGACGAGGUGAAGGAGCAGCUCGAAUUGAAGUCGGGGCUGUUGGAUAAGGUGAAGAUAUUGCUUCACAGGGCGGCCGCCAAGGAGAAGAGUUUGAUGCAAGAGAUUUCCGAGUUGAAGCUUCAACGUGCGAACGUGGAUGAAUAGAUGUUGGUUCCAUCGGAUACGGCGCCAUUUUUUAUAUAUUAUUUUAUACGUGUAUAUUUUAAGAUUAAACUAUUCAUUUUAACUCACCUAAGCGUUUUGAAUAUUUCUUUAAAUUACAUCACUCUUUAUACACUUUGCUUCAUUUCAGAUUGCAAUAUGGUCAUAUCUGUGUGUUGAACAAAGAAAGAUGACAGUGGUCAGAGUGUUUGCAAUAACACAAAUGACCGAAUAGCCCUGGCAGCUGAGGCCAAAAAUAUACGAAGAAGUAGACAUUAAUACAAAUGUAACUCUUUCAUUUCUUCUAUAAGUAUCUAAUGAAAAUUGUCUUUAUCGCACCUGUAGUCUAUAUUGAAAUCUAAAAUGAAACAAACUGUUCAAUUUGGUACUUAAUAAUUAAUUUCGUACAAAUGAAUGAUAGAACGACG